AGAUUUGCACUCGGAUAGCAGUAACUGUGGAAACAAGUUUGAAUUGCAAAUGAGUGAAUUGUAGAUGAACUGGGAAUUUUCCAAUUGCUAUUUGAAGAACUAAAUGGACUCAAUGCGGCAGAGGCAGUGUGAAAUGUGUGAAUCGGCUGGCGAUGAUUCUGAUACGUGCUGCGUAAUCUUCUACGGAGUAUGGAGCAUAGUUGUUGGAGCUCUUUCCUUGAUAUCGGCGAUAUAUUCCAGUGUCAUCAUCUGGGGGGCUAUGGCUGCUUUGGAAACAACAUAUGCUCCACUGAUGGUUCUUUUUGUACUAGCCAUUAUAUAUGCGAUUGUCAGCGCGACGUACGUUUUUGCUGGGGUUUUCUUGAUAGUCGGAUGGUCAUAUCAAUCAAAACCGAUAUUUAUGUGUGGAAAAAUUCUUAGCUAUUUCUUUCCAAUUUACACCUUUUUGUUCAUAUAUACAAUAGUUGUCCACUUUGUUAUCCUCCCGAAAAUAUGCCGGUAUGUGCAAAAGACCUGGCACUAAAAAGCCGUACGACGACUCGUGUUUUGGAUUACUUCACAAUUCUGCCAACGCGGUACACGCCCCUAUAAAUCUAUUGUUGUAGUGUACAAUUCCGGAAAAAAUCUUAGAAAUCGCAAAACAAGGACUAAUCUGCAAAUUCUGUUACCAUGCGAAUGUUUAUAAAAAUUGUUUGUAAUGCUGAAUUUUACCGACCUAUUAAAUGUUCA